AUGAAAGCUGUUGUCGAUGUUGGUGGUUCAUCGGGAGGUAAUAACCUCUCGGGAGUUCAAAACGGACGAAUAAAUAGAAGGAAAGAUGUGGAAAAUGAAGAAAUACAAAUGUAUUUAAGUAAAUUAAAAGAUUUAGUGCCGUUUAUGCCGAAAAACAAAAAAUUAACAAAAUUAGAAGUUAUACAAUAUGUUAUUGACUAUAUAUGUGAUUUGCAAUACGCUUUAGAAACUCAUCCCAGUGUUAAUAAUAUAAAUGCGGCAGAACUCACGGCGAGGUUACAAGGAGAAAAUGGUACGACAGGAACGACAGUACCUCAAACCGUAGUGUCGGGAUCACAGAGGCAACCUUUAGGGGUUUUGGCUUCUAGUCCGAACACCAUAAUACCUAAUGUUAGAUCAAAUUCAACGUCGCCGAUUCCAACAGAGCCUACAUCUCAUAGAUCUUUUUAA